CGACGACGGUGGGCCGUGUUGUUUUUUUUUUUUUAAAUGAUAUAUUAUUAUAAGUGUUGUGCGUGACAAUUCGCUCAGCCAUCGCCGACUGUCUACACCGUAAAGAUCACCAAUCGCAGCGUCGUCUUUCUCCCGCUCCAAGUCCUGCCGACGGACUUGCACGACGACGACAUCGUCACCCAACCUACACGCGCGACGGCGAUGGUGGCAUCGACGAAGGGCGACGACAAGUCGGCCGACGACCAACGUCGGCAGCUGACGACGGAACAGCCGGACGGCGGCGGCCGCGCCAGGGAACCGCUGUACCGGACGGCGCUGCGGAACAUGACGGUGGAACCGAUGCUGUUCCCGUACCUGAUCGCGUCCAUACUGGUCAUACUGGCCAACCAGAACCUGAACAUCCAAAAGGCGUGCCGGGUGGAACUGAAACUGGGCACGGAGGUGUGCGACGACCUGGAGAACAAGGACAAGAACAGCACCCAGCUGACGGACAGCGAGAUCGCCGUGCAAAAGCUGGUCGCCGACAUGCUCAUAUGGCAGACGAUAUUGCAGAGCAGCGUGCCCGCCGUGUUCGUGCUGUUCCUGGGCUCGUGGAGCGACCGGAACAGGCUGCGCCGGCCGUGCAUGCUGUUGCCCGUCUACGGCGAGGUGGUCCGGAACCUGGGCCUGCUGGUGUGCGUCUACUUCUUCGACCAGCUGCCGAUGAACCUGACCGGUCUGUGGCAGUCGCUGCCGAUCGCCGUCACCGGUUACUGGACGGUCUUGUACAUGGCGGUGUUCUCGUACGUGGGCGACCACAGCACGGAUCAAAAUAAAACUUUAAAAGUUGGUAUGGUCAAUGCAACAAUGGCCUUAUGUCUUCCUAUAGGUACUGGCUUGUCCGGUAUAUUAUAUCGUGAACUCGGAUUCACCGGAGUAUACAUCAUAGCUUUGAUUCUCUGUUGCAUCAGUAUUUGGAUGGCACACAUUUUCGUUCACGAUACAAAACAAAUAAAAUUCGAUUCGGGUAAGAAACAUAAAAGAUCUUAUUGGACUCGAAUCAAGUUUUUUUUCAGUUUAAAUCAUAUAAUUGAUGCGUUCAAAAUAACAUUCAAAAAGGAAAAAAACAAUAGAAGAAUGAAAGUUAUUGCUCUGACAUUGCUCAUAACUGGAGUCAUGGGUCCACUGCAAGGUGACAAAGGAGUCGCAUAUUUGUUUACUCGAGUCAAGUUUAAUUGGAACGAAGUGCAAUUCAGCGUGUACUCGACCACUACGAUGUGCAUCAAUCUUGUGGGAACAUUUGUGACUCUCGGGAUUGUAGUCAGAAAGUUCGGAGUUGACGAUGCAUUGAUCGGUACUGUGGCUACUACUGGAAAAUUAAUAGCGCAAUUCAUAUACGUAUCUGCCACUAGUCCAGUGGUAUUCUAUUUAGCGGCGCUUGUGAACUGCUUACAAGGACCAGCCAUCAUUUCCAUGAAAUCGAUCAUAAACAAAAUUAUUCCGGCCGAGGAAUUAGGUCAAGUCUGCGCAGUCACAGGUAUCGGAGAAAACGUUAUACCUAUUUUGUGUGGCCCGUUGUAUAGUUACGUGUAUGAAUCUACAGUGGGCUUCUUCCCUAGCGCUUACUUCUUACUCACUGCGGCCAUAACGGUGCCGACUAUUUUUCUCUAUCUAUGGCUCUAUACGCAACACAAAAAGGAAAUCAGAGGGUCGUACGAAAAAAUACCCGACACGGACGUCCCGAAGGAACCGAACGGUGCUACUACUAAGUAUGGCGCAAUAAAACCGUAACAGUUGAUCGAAUGUAUUGUUUAUUAAUGGGAUGAAGUGUGUUACGAGUUAUUAGUCAUAAUAAUAAUGUGUACUUCCUACACAUAGUACUUCCUACUACUACCCGGCUUGAUAUCAACUAUUCGUUAAAGCGACACGGAUGUUUUCUCAUUCAAAAGUUCCUAUCAAUCUUUUGACUAUGCAAUUAUUACACAUCACAUACGAAUAAUAAUAUAAGUGUCGAGGCCUAUUAUUAUGUAAACUAAUCGUGUAGAUUUGAUUGUAUAAACCUGCGUCUAUUAAUAUUGUAUUGUUUUUGUAAAAUUUCGUAGGCAAAUUAAUGUUGAGCGUUUGUAACAUUUCAUUUAUCGAAUAAAUCGGUACAUAUAAUGUUUAUAGCUAUUAUUUAUCAAUAAUAUGAUCGCGUGUCAUUGGUAUAAUAAAAUAUAGAUUAGUUUAUUUAAA